CUGUGACUCCUGUCGGCCCAUCCGUCGGUUGAAUCAUUGGCUCCGACUCUCCGAGAGCAUGAAGACUGUGCAGCCUGUGCUCCACUGCCAUGAAUGAGCCUGCGCUUCACUGGUGAUCGAAAAGCCAGAACCAAUUAUCUCCUUUUAGUUCGGACUUUGAUAGAAAAAAGCGAGAGAUGAUAACGAGAGUUCUUUGCAGCAGUUCCGCUCUUACAAUCAAUCACCUCCCUCCGGUUUCUUUGUCUUCUCCUCGGAGUCAUUCCUGUUGUAGAACUGUAAGACGAAGAGACUCCAUCCUCGGCAGGAGACGGGCUGGUGUCUCUAUUAUAACAACAACAACAACAAGAAAAUGUGGAGGAGUUGGCGAUGAAGAAGGGACACCGAUGUGGUCGAGUACAAUGGUGUGUAAAGCCCAGAAGGCCACAACCUCAAAACAGCCUCCUGAACAUAGAAAAGAAGAUGGUCAACAAGGACGAGUCCUACAGCAGCUCGUCCUGUGGACCGCCGAGGGUGUGUACAUAGUUUGGCUUUUUCUCCUCCCUUAUGCCCCGGGUGAUCCAGUAUGGGCAAUUAGUUCAGACACAGAGAAUUCUAUUGUGGGCCUUUCUCUCAACUUCUUCUUUAUCUUGCCUUCGGUGAAUUCUGUUGGCAUUCAUCUGAUGGAGGCUCCUGUUCUUCACCCGGUGUCUGAAGCUUUAUUUAAUUUUGUCAUUGGGUGGACAUUCAUGUUUGCUCCAUUGCUUUUCACGGAUUGUAAGAGAGACAGAUACAAGGGAUCACUAGACGUCUUAUGGGGCCUUCAGAUGUUCCUCACAAACACAUUCUUAAUACCUUACAUGGCAAUUCGGCUCAACGAGGCUGACAGUGACUAUGCCCCCAGAAAGCCCUCUAAACUGGGUUCUGUGAUGACAAAUGGUGCAGCAGUUGUGGGACUGAUUGGUGGGGCUAUGUGUGUCUUAUCUGCAUUGUGGGCCUUCUUUGGCCGAAUGGACAGUGAUUUUGGGACCAUGACCGACCGAUGGGAAUUCCUCUUAAGGUAUCUUGGAUCAGAGAGGCUCGCUUAUGCUUUCAUCUGGGACAUCUUUUUCUAUAUUAUCUUUCAGCCUUGGUUGAUAGGUGACAACCUACAAAAUGUUCAACAGAGUAAGGUUGACAUAGUGAAUUAUCUCAGAUUUAUUCCAGUGAUCGGCUUAACUGCCUACCUUUUAUCUUUGGAUCCUGAAAAGGAAUUUUAGCUAAAUGUGUGAACCUUUUCGGUCUAGGGCGUUGAUUAAUGUCUAACAGUUGUUAACCCAGAUUCAGAGGGUCAAUUACUCGGAAAGAAAGCAUUGUUUCUCUCUUGACACCAUAACUAUGAAGUGUUCACAGUACAUUUUUGUAUCAGAAUGUUCAUGCAAUACAUGUAUCAAACAAGUGCUCGUGAUCCA